CUGGAGAUAAGAAGAAAAGGGUUGUGUUUCUGUUGGGGCGGGGCCGAGUAACUGUCACUCACGCGAGUUACCCAACAAAAUGGGCGUUCCUUCUCGGCGCUCGGUCCAAUGAGAGCCAUCGCUCCUGUAGUCGCCAUGGUGACGGGGUUGUGUCCGGGGAGGCUGUGAUGGGUUGACAGGUGCGUGACAGUCGGAGCUCUCUGCAAGCAUGUACGCCAAAGGCAAGAGUAACAACGUACCGUCCGACAGCCAAGCGAGGGAAAAGCUAGCGCUCUACGUGUAUGAGUACUUGUUACAUGUAGGAGCCCAGAAGUCGGCACAGACCUUCCUGUCAGAGAUAAGAUGGGAGAAGAACAUAACGUUAGGAGAACCUCCAGGAUUCUUACAUUCAUGGUGGUGUGUAUUCUGGGAUUUAUAUUGUGCGGCACCUGAAAGGAGAGAAACCUGUGAGCAUUCCAGUGAAGCCAAGGCAUUCCACGACUACAGUGCAGCGGCAGCUCCGAGUCCUGUCCUUGGAAACAUGCCCCCAGGAGAGGGUAUGCCGGUCGGCCCUGUUCCUCCAGGCUUCUUUCAGCCUUUCAUGUCGUCACGUUAUCCUGGUGGCCCCAGACCUCCUCUCAGAAUACCCAACCAGGCGUUAGGUGGAGUCCCUGGAAACCAGCCGUUAUUACCCAGUGGUAUGGACCCUUCAAGACAACAAGGUCAUCCAAAUAUGGGCGGGGCUAUGCAGAGAAUGACUCCGCCCAGAGGGAUGGUACCCCUUGGGCCACAGGCAUAUGGAGGAGGCAUGAGACCACCACUCAGUGCUCUUGGGGGUCCUGGGAUGCCUGGGAUGAAUAUGGGUCCCGGAGGAAGACCGUGGGCUAAUCCACCAAAUUCCAACUCGAUUCCGUACUCCUCGGCAUCUCCAGGGAGUUAUGUGGGUCCACCCGGAGGAGGAGGGCCCCCAGGGACUCCCAUCAUGCCUAGCCCUGCAGACUCGACAAACUCUGGAGAAAAUAUGUACACCAUGAUCAACACAGUGCCACCCGGAGGAAACAGGCAAAAUUUCCCUAUUGGUCCGGGUGGAGAUGGUCCAAUGGGUGGCAUGACAGGAAUGGAGCCUCAUCACAUGAAUGGAUCAUUAGGGUCAGCUGACAUGGACAGUAUGCCCAAGAACUCUCCUGGUAACCUAAGCAUGAGCAACCAGCCUGGAACUCCUAGAGAUGACGGAGAAAUGGGUGGAAAUUUCCUCAACCCUUUCCAGAAUGAGAGUUAUUCUCCAAACAUGACCAUGAGUGUGUGAAGACCUCAUUUGGAAAUUCCACCACAUGACAUGGAACUUGUGCAAGCGCGCUGUAGCCAGCCCUCUUCUGCUCUCUGAAGAAUAUGGGUCCAAGCCUCUCCUUUCUCUCUCCUUCCUUCGUUUCCUUUUUUCUUCAAAUGUCAUUCUUUCACCUCUUCAGCUGCGUCACACCGAGAGACAACGCUGAACCACAUUGGGCUGAGAAAGACGAAUCAACAGCCUGUCUAUAUUUACGUAUAUCUUCGUGUAUAUAUGUGGGUGUACAUUCAAAGUUACAUGUGCAUGUGUGUAUGAAAGGGCAUAUAUUGAUCCUAGAAAGAAAGACGAUGGACUUGAACUGUUUUUAACAAAAACAAAAUCAUAUUUUCUUGAAAUAUGAUGUGAAUUGACAGAUCUAUGUAAACGGAGUUAUUGCAGGAAACACUUAUUGAGUUGCAGUGGGGGUCGAGUUCGUAAAAUGGCAGAAUCGCAAUUUCCCAACGAGGACGCACUGUAAUUGAUUCAUAAUCGUCUUUGUGUCAUCGAUGAGAGAGUUUGAUUCGUAUUUUAUUGAAACGGGUUGAGUUGUCGUUAACGGAAAUGUGUUUGUAAUUCCAGCUGACGCCUGUAAUUUAUCAUUUCCUUCUGCAUUCGGCCUUCUCACAUCUGUGCUCCUCAAAUGCAGUCCAAUCUGAUCAACACCCUGGAGGUUUUGUUUGUAUAUACAGGAGAUUUAUUUUUCAGGAUGAUGCCUACGAAGAACAGCCAUUCCAUAUAUACACUUAAAAAAAAAAACUGGGGGACGCGAGAGGAACGUCCUCCGAAACUGAACUGAGAUCGUCGCACUAGCUUCAGUUAUCGAAGAAUAUUUCUGUCAUGUUUUGAAAAUACUCCUAAUCAUGUGACAUACCCAGAUACAACGUUCACUGCUCUUAUAUUACGACGUUUUCUUUGUGAAAAUCUUUGCAUGUGAAUACAGGAAGUAAGGACGAUUUUUGGGAAAAAGGAAACUGGUCCAUUCAGAGGAAAGGCACAUGGAUGGGAAUUAUAAUUCCGUACAUCUGUCAUUCUAAUAAUCAGCUUAUUUAUACAGAUGUUGUUGUGUCACCCGGAGAAACUGUGAUUUGCUUUGAUUUUUUUUUUUUGUUUGUUUGUUUGUUUUCUUUUUCAAGUGGAAUUAUUAUUAUUAUUAAUAUUAUUAUUGCGGAAUUUCUAAAAUAUAUAUGUACAUUUUUUAUAGCUUGGGGAUCUGAUUCAUCUGUCUCUGUGAAUUAUUUAAAACAAUACUGUACAAUAACUGAGGUGUUUCCGUGUUUAUUUGUAGUAACAUUUGCCCUUUUUGCCCCAGAUUUUUUCCUGACUAUGAGAGAGACCCCAUCAUGAGUGUACAAUUUUUCAUUUGACUUAUUUGAUUUUGUGAAGUGUUUAUUUUCUACCUUGUGUUGACUUUUGUAAAUACACAGAGAAGUUUUGGAAAUCCUGUACCGAUAUAAAGCUUCUCAUUGCUGUUUAACAGACUGACAAAUCAA